AUGCAUCUGCUGCCUACUGAUGAAGUAGCGAUCCAAUUUCUCGCAUAUCCCCAUGUCGGCCGUUACUCGUGGACGUUGCCCCCUUUCCUAUCCCGCGGGACGGACCACUUCGUCACCAUAGCUUUGAUGUCGCCGAAGACCAAUGAAUCGCAUCCACCUACACCUCCUAUGCCUGAAACCGAUGAGACACAGCCAGGGCUCCAUAUACGAUACAAUACGUCUAAUGAUAAUUCCGACCGGCGAAAGGGUGCGCAUAUGAACGAGGGACGAGCGAGCGGAGAGCUAGAGGGCAGCACUCUCGGUAGCAGCUCUCGGGAUGGCGAUAAAGGAGGCCGGGCCCAACGCCGAACGGCCAGCUCUGGCGGGUUCCUAGUGGAUUCAUCUUUUCUACCCAGGUCGAAGAGCUUGCGUGCAAGCCAAUACCUUCCUCGCCGCUCAGAAUCCAGCCGUAAGGAGAAGUGUGAAGCACCCGAACCGGACCUGGUGGUUCCGAAGAAGCGCUCGCGAUUCCCUUGGAUUCGGCAUAAAGAGCAGAAAGUAUCGCAAGUAGAACAGGCGGAGCAUACCAAUCAUACGGAGCAUACGGAACCCACAGCAGCGGAAGAGACUCCUGCUUCUUCUCAUCUGGAGCAGGAGGCGGCCUCUCAGGAGUCGCAUUCCAAGCAGACGGACAAUCAGGCCGCCGUAGGCCUUGAUAGGGAUUCGCUCCAGAUAGUGAAUCUUGCCUUGAAUCUGAGCGAGUCAAGAAAAAGAAAUAGCCUAGGUCGCUCUGCUUCAAAUCGUCUUUCAGGAGGUAGAUGGGCUCUGGCAGGUGGUCAGCCAUCCGCUCCAUACACUGGUAGACAUGCUUCAGUUCCAGUAACCGACCUGGGACAUGGCUCUCAACAUGGUCAAAGGGUCACACAAGCACCGGGUGAAGAUCAUACUAGAACAGUUGGCUCCAUUCAACCAGGUGGACUGUCGACCCAUGCGCCAUCUUCAGUGGCAAGUCUACUUCCACAUUCCGCUGGAUCGGAACCCUUGCCGCAGGGCUUCUCAGAAAGCACACUCGCUCGAGCUGAAAAAGCUCGUCGCCAUUUUGAGCUAUUUUCGGAAUAUCUACGACUACUUCCUUCCCUUCCUCCUCUGCAACCAUUUGACGAUCAAAAUGCCGAUUCAACAUCUGUAAAUAGCAGUGGCUUUCCAUCACACCGGGUCUACAAUCCUCUCCAGUGCAUUCGCAAUCGCAAAGUGAGAUUUCGUGAGCGCUGUGCAAUAGACACGGAGGCAGCCGGAUGGUACGAUACGGAGAAAGUACAUCAAUGGGUCGAUUCGGUGCAAGCUGAAUACGGCCAGCAACCGCAUGGUCCUCUUGAAUGUCUGCGGCUUCCAGCUUUUCACAAUUGCAAGGAUGCUAUGCCGCGUGCAGAGGUGGAAGAACCUGAUCAUCUUGCUGUCUCUCCUCCUUCAAGUCUAAGGCGUGCCAGCCGUGCUAGUAGCGUCAAAGCACGCAGGCCAAGAUUAGACUGGGUCAUCGACCCAGCAGAGUUCCUUUCCGAUGCCGCGUGGGUCGAGGAAAGGCAGAACAAGAGUAAGAUCGUUGAUAGGGAUGGAAAUAAUCUCUACCCAGAUCCCUCGAUCCUUAUUACUCCUGAUGAUAAUCAGACGCCCAUUGAACCAACGGAGCAGCUACAGAAUAACCGGCAAUCGCUAGACUCGGAGCACCCCACUUCUCGUACCUCCUUGUCUGAUUCACGCUCUGUUCUAGCAACAGAAUUCAAUAGAGUCGGGCGUGGACGGCGUCGGCACAGGUUCCACGGCUCUGGCCGUAGUGGAUAUGGAAUCGAAGCAUCAGGGAAAGUUACAGGCUCUAAGAGACAUAAACUGGGACUAUUAUCAAGUAGCUCUUCAAGCAUCUCUAGUGCUGAGGGGCGUUUGUACCGGGAAUCACCUAUGGAUAAUACGUUGUCCUCUGAGAGGGAUGUGUCCCCACUGCCCGGCGCCUCACGACUUCGAGCCUCUGAGGCGCUCUCAGAGUAUGACACCGCUAUGGAUACCAGACUGACGCCAACCCAUGAUACAUUUCCCCGUUAUGUGACCGGAAGAUCUCCUACUUGGGCCCGGUCAGAGGGAAAGCGAAGUUCUAUAUCCUCUAUCCCGAGCGUCGAUGAUCGCUACGACCCCCUGACGACCUUAUCGACUGCAGAAAGCAGGUCUCCCGAGCUCCAUGCACAGGUCGGCAUGUUUCCGAGUAUUGCGUCCAAUCUAUCCCCACCGGCAAGCCGUUCACCGUCGCCUACAAAGGGCCGCUUCUCACGUGCUAUUGGUGCUCGACAUGAGCGGAGCAAGAGCAAUAUUCGGGCAAAAGAUAACGCGGAUAAUAGCUCCCUGGAUUCGNCGGCUGUGCGCAAGGAUACUUCAGCUGGGCAUCCUGAGGUCAUUUCCCCGGGUGGAAGGCUGGAACCAAGCCCGCUUCCCGAUCGAAUCUCUUCGGCAUUUCAAGAAGACCCAUCAAAGGUCAACUCACAGAACCGCAAAGACGCAGUACAGGGCGAAUCCAAGCUGCGUGGAAUAUUCAAGGGCCCUGGGAAGAUCGCAGAGAAAGUGGGCAACGAAAUGUCAAAAGUAGGGGAUCUAAUACUCAAAAAGGAUAACGUUGCCCAGUCACGUAGAUCUUCCGUUUCAAGCACGGAUACUUCUGUUUCCGAUCCUCCCGAUGAUCCGGAAGAAGCUAGAGGGGAUAGGAUGUCUGGCGCUAAGUCUCUUUUGCGCCGGUUCCCUACGUUCUCCGACGAUCCCAACCGAACUUCACGCAAGAACAUUGAGAAGAUCAAUGCGAAGACCAAUGUGCCUCCUCCGUCUCCCUUUGCCUCCACGGCUCGGCAAGACCGUUUAGGAGAAUAUCAACCGUCUGUCUACGGCAGUCCUCCUAAGAACGGUGCUGACAUCGAUACGACGGAUUCACAGAGAGAAGUGGGCGGGUUUUCUACAUCUCUCCAUACGCCAGCAACAAAACAUGAGAAAUUACGAUUUAGCACUGAUAUCCAUACAGUGCAGGAACAAUACAAAAAGGGUAACAUCAGAGAUGUCAAUGUUCCCUUCAGUUUGACGAGGCCUCCUGUCACAGGUCUUGCUCAAGCGAGAGCAGACACUACUUCAUCGUCCCAGGAGAAACGCCCAAGACUGGCAACUGAGUCAAGAAGCUGGAGUAUAUCUAAUCGCAGCAUAUCUAGCUCGCUUGUUGUUGGUGUUCCUGGGAAGCGCGAAAUCGAGCGGACGCGGGCCCUUCUUCUUUCUUCGGGGAUUAAAGCCCGAGAGAUCACCCGGCGAGCAGAGUGUGUGCGGCAGCCACCACCAGAUUUCCUUCGACGCACAUUUGGUACGGAAGCAUCCGUACCGCAAGUAACUCGGCUCUAUGAGUACGAUGUAGCUGCACAGGGUCUGCUCAGAAGGUUCGAGAAAACACAUCGCUCGUUCCAACAAUCCAUAGACAAUUUCUCUGGUUCGGUCUCAUCUCCUUUAAGGUCGCAACUGAACAAGCUCGAGGACAUUGUCAAUGAUACCAUCUCGCCGCGUGUCCAGGCAGCCACACAGGACGCAGAGGAUUUGAGCGUCCAACUCAACACGACUAGUACGCUUGCUGUCAAGCAGCUGAGCGAUACACUCGACAAAGGAGUCAGGCGGCGUCAUCGCCGGUUGCGCUGGGUUCGGCGCACCGGGUUCGUGAUGCUUGAAUGGGCACUGGUUGGCAUGCUCUGGUGGGUUUGGCUGAUUGUAAUGGCUUUCAAGAUCUUGCGAGGGGUUUUUAGGGGUGUUCUUUCAGGUGUCAGAUGGGUCUUGUGGUUGUGA